UCCUUAUUGUGGAGGACCACACUCAUGGCAAAAUUGUUUGAAUUCUCCCGGGAGAGGAUUGUGCGCACAAUCUCAAUCCUAUGAGUGGAGUAUUUGUGAUAGGUGUGGUGGUCAAAAUGGUCAUUGGGAUAAUUAUGCUUAUUUGUCAUUCCCUUCCCUGAACCCCCACUAUGACGAUUCUACUUUUGAUUUUGAUGAUAAUAGGGAUAAGGAAGUGGAAGAAGUCUCAAAUGCUGAAAAUGAGAGGAUAAUGCUCAUGUUGAAGACCAUUCUUGAAAAAGAGAAAAAGUUGAACUUAGCACUCGAGGACUUGAGGCAAGCAAUUAAUUGUAAUGACAAAGCUAUUGACACCUUGGAGGAUAAAAUAAAAUUAUUGGUUGAGGCUCAUAACGCUCACCAACUUAAGGGUGUUGAAAGUAGACAAGAUAGUGUCCAAAACAUGAAUUUCUUCAUGGGUGAAUUUUUACAAGCUUUGAAUGGCUCUCACCACGAUGAAGAACUUGAAAAAGUGGAAAUUGUGAGCCAAGAUUGGCAUAUGAAUCAAGCUCAACAACUUGGAGUCUAUGGGGAUCACCGUGAAGGCAUUUCACAGAUGAUGGAAGAAUCUCUAAAAAUGCAUGUUGAGCAAAGUCAAGAAGUGGAGCUAAUUGAAAUUGCUAUUCAGAAAUUGGAGGCUGGAUUGAAUGCAAAGAUUGAGGCAUGUGAUGCUUAAUAUCAAAGAGCCAUGGAAUGUAAUUUUGAGAUGGCUUCAACUGAAGAAGAGGUCAAGAUUGAUUUUCAAGAGCUAAUGGUGAAUUGUCAACUGACCAAUCCAAAAAUAAUGCAAGAUGCCGAGAUUAAAGAAAUGAUACUAGAGUUGCAUAAAAAAGUUCAUGAAAUGGUUUUGGAAGACUCUAGUUCAUUUUUGGGUGAGGAUGUCAAAGUUGAGGCAAAUUUGGAAGUUGGGCGUAUUGGACCACAUUCUAACCAAUUUUCAACAUUGUGCUUGGUUGAUGACAUGAAAGUUGAAUUAACCGAGCCUAUGGAGGAUUUUGGAGAUGAAGAACCAAGCGUUUUCAUUUUGAAGUUUAUCAUGCCAAAACGACAAACCGACAUACCUCACUUGAAGGCCUAAAAGUGCAAGAUACGACACCCGAAAGUUGGCCUCUUUGCUUUUCUACCACCGCCACUUGAGCGUCAUCGUAAUUUUGAUUUAAAGUUGGGGCGAAAAUUAUUCAGAGCACAUGCUCUUAUUUCCUAGACUCAAAGCUAGAACAUUAAAAGAAAGAGAACUGGGCAGGAAAAUUUGAUGUGCGAUGCACACACACAGGCAUCAUGGCCCUGAACUAAAUGAAAAUAAAGGCCAACAGAACAGUCCAUACACGUGAACAGCCAACACCAGGUAAGUUCUUUUCACUAAUUUUAAAAGAAACCCAACGGCUGAAUUCCCUACUGUCUCUCGUCCAAAACAAAAGAACAUCCAUGUCCCCGAUGGUUACCCUCUCACGACGCUCACUCCACACCAAUGAUCAGCCACCUCUUCACUCGUCAGCAUCAGGUUUAUAUGAUUUAGAAGUGAUCGAAAAAGAAGCCAAGUGAAAACAAGUCAAAAAGAGGUCAAAUUAAAGAAAACGAAAAAAGUAGCUAAAUCUGCAAAAACUGGCCAGAUCUGCAAUUCCGAAAAUCGGUGGCUAUUUUGUUCUAAUUUUGAUUGGGAAAAUUGUGGUACUAUAAAAGGAAGAUAAGAGGGAAAAUAUUGUCAUCUUUGGCACAAAAACACAAGUCUUGGAGGCUAGGGUUUUGCUCCACACUUUGGGGUUGAAGAUUAGAAGAAUUGAAUUGAGAACCUUCUUAAACUUUCCUCCAUUUCUUUAAUUGCUUACUUUGUAAUGAAUAUCUAAGUGUGUAGUAUUUAUUUUCUCCACUUGAAUCUUUUUUAUGAAAAUAUUCUACGAUUAAAGUGUUGGAUGAAACUCUUGCUUUGCUUAAGUAAUGAAUGAUUUUUAU